AUGGGCGACCACGACAUUACACCUACAUGCCUCAGUGCAGAGGAACACAAGGAUGAUGAAGUUAGAGAUAUGAUACUUCACUAUCUUGGCUGUCUAGAGUUUUGUGAAAGGGAACAAUAUUUCGAACGCCUAGACAAAGAGCAUCAGAAGCAGGUCGAGUCCGAGUUGCGUCGCAUCCAAUACCUACGACACGUCUUACAACACGACAGAGAGGAGUCUUCUCUGCUACGGAACUUGGCGAAAAGUAUGAAGGCAUGGAGAGCGUGCGAGUUAUACACAGACCCGGACGGCAUCAGGGCAGUACAGACUUGGAGAUUGACCAUGGGCCGGCCCAAUUCCAAAGAGCAGAGAGACCCAGGUACUUCUAAUUCGCAGUAUUCAACCCCUGCCUACGACCCCGAUCGAGAUUUGAACGCAUACCUUAUCCGAUAUGUGCAGUCUCAACCGGAGAAAGAACUCAAGGACCCUCGAUUCAACGGCCAUUUUCCGAACCACAAGAUUGCUGUGUCUCAUUUGUUGAAAGAAAAGGAAAAGUCGAAUCCUUUGGCCAAGGAAUCACAUCCGAAAGAAAGCAUUAGCUACUUUCACUUCCCUGCAAAUAACAUGCAGAAAGCCAUUGCGCGAUAUUUCGACGAGGAUGAUCUAAACAACACGGGGGCCGGUCGGCUUCUGUUCAUGCUCGACAUCUCCGGCCACUUUGUGAGACGGUCUCAUCUAAUCCGGACCAAGUUGAAGCUGCACCUAAGAAUAUUGUUCUAUUUACAUUGGGAUGAGAGACAAGAGAGGGACAGCAGACUAAAGAAACAACGACAGAGUGAUCGCGGAGAUUUGACCAUCCCUUGCCUGUCCAAGAAAGGCAAGGAUGUGGCGUGGCCGAAAGACGACCAACGUUCCCAGAGCCCUGCCCGUCGUGCUAGUACUUUCCUCUGGCGAAACUGGCUCAAGAAUCGCAAAGAAGGAGCCGCUGAAUCUUCUCCCUUCAAGAAGGAGAAGAGCAGAAUUAUUGCAGGAACCCCAUUGUGGAUGUGGAUUCUCGACGAACAGACAAUAAUAACCUGCUUCCCUAAACGUUACGGCGUGAACAAGCAGGACUCUUCUGGCGUUCACAAGUCCAUCCGCUCAAGGAUGAAGAACCUCAGAAAAGAUCACAUAAGAACGGUGUUCGACCUGGCAUUGAUCAUUCUGGAUGAAUGUUCGAACACUUUUUUUGACCGAACCAAGACCCAGAAUAACAAGCAGACUAUCAGCUUCGAGCAUCUUUGGGAAUGGACUGGAAAGCUCGGAAACUUCGCUAGACCGGGUCAUCUCCCAACAAACCUAAGCGACUUCGUCAUCCCGCUACUGAACAUCAACAAGGAGGGACAACUACAGCGUGAGAUCAAAGAUAUCAUUGAUGAGCUUGACAUAAUGAUAUAUAUCACAACUCAGCAAAGGGAUGUCAUGAAAAAGUUCAAGAAAGAAGUGACUCACAUAUUAGAUCCUUCGGGUACCUGGAAGGACAAGCUGCCCACUACCCCAGUCGGCGAAUCCAAGGACAAGAAUUGGAAACGCCACGACGACUAUUUCUGGUUUGUCAACACGGCCGACGAGUUGUUGAGUGAUGUUGACGACCAGAUCGGCGAGCUCGAGGGCCUGAGGAAGAGCGCGGAGAGUACGUCAACAAGUCUGGACCACCUCCUCAAUCUCAAACAGCAACAGGCUUCCGUCUUCCAGACUUGGCAGUCUACUAAACAAGCUGAGGAGACGAUGAGGCAAGGUCGAGCCAUCAUCAUCUUCACUGUUAUGACAAUCAUCUUCCUCCCAUUGGGCUUCAUCGCGAGCAUCUUCGGCAUGAACAACAAGGAGAUCGCGGGUAACGACAAUCCAAUGACUCUUCAGAGCCAGUUCAGAUACAUGUUCGCAAUAUCCACUGGCAUAAUCUUCUUUGCCCUCGUCAUCGCGUUCAGCGACUACGUCAGGACUGUCAUCUGGCUCAUCUACAAGUACCUCAUCACCCUCACGAUAAUUAAGUCAGGCCUGUACGAUAGAGUAUACUUGAGCCUGGACUGGAAGAGCAGAGACCUCGUGCGCAAGGUCGAAGACAAAGUCACAAAGAUGAAAUCCGAGGUCAAAGCAGCCCGGCAGAAGCGGAUGAAGAAGCACACCAAGUUCUCCAACCCCGUUGAAGAAGAAAGCUUGUCAGGAAGCGACGCCAAGGAUGCCGGCGCCGGGUCCAGUUCUGGCGCAAGCGCCCGCCCGCAUGGCAACACAGUCGGCGCCGCAGACAGGCCGGUUGGGCUGGGCAGUCGCCGCCGGCGUGGUUCUUUAUGGUUGAGCACAAGGGAGUCUGAUGAUGAGAACCAACAUCAUGUCAUUCGGAUGGAUGAGAUUCGCGCUGUGAAUCCUACGAGCGCAACAUCAACAGUCCCACCAACUUCGGCGAGAAACCCCGUCAAGCAUGCCGUCUCGCAACCAUAA